AUGUCUCAAAAAUGUCUAGCUUUUCCCUCAGUAUACUAUGAUUUCAGUGCCCGACAUUCACUGUGCACGGAUUACCUCGGCACACCAUCCUCCAGUAUUGUAAAGCGCAGACCAUCAUCGAUGUCUCUUCGAGUCGCACCUCGUACAAAUGGCGACAUAUGCGAGGAUCAGGCCGGAAAUUUACUCCUUCCCUUUGACCGAUCGCCGUCGCGAAUCUCCGAUCUGUUUGCCUACCAUCGAUCGCCAUCGAGAAUGUCGACAGCCAGUGCAUGGAGCUCCCUUCGCUCUUCUUUCCAAAACCUCAGCAAGGCUGCCAUGCACGUGUUCACCGUGGCCCCAUGUUCGCAGCAUCGCUGCUGUAUAGGCUGUGUGUCUCUCCGAGAUGCUGUUCCUCUCAUCUGCCUCGUCGAGCUUGUUUUCAUUGGACUCUGCAGUCUGAUAGCAGUCGAUUUCUACAUAACCGAUGGUCGACUUUUCUACACAAAAGAUUUGGAAGGCAAAGGAGUGACAAUUGCGGUGGCAUUCUCUGUAUUCUUAGCCGUAUCCUUACCAGUAAUCGCUUUUACCUUGGCCGUUUGGCACUAUCGUAAGCCCUACCUGUACGUAAUCCACGUCCUUUGGCAGUGGACAGUUCUUGAACUUCUGCUCUACUUCACCUACAGCAUCCUCAAACGCGCAUUUUCCGCCGAGGUGCGACAACGGACUGGUUUCUUGCUCCCUUCUGCAGUGGUGCUGUCGGUCGCUAGUCUUAUCGCCGUCCUGAUUCAGUGUUGGUGGUUGUUUGUGUUCGUCGAUGCGAUGUUCUUCGAGAAGAAAAGUCGACGAAGGAAGAAAUCGUCUUCAAACGACUACGGCGACAGUAAGUACGACAGUUUCGAAAGCAGACGUACAUCGCAUCCGAUUCCUGUCGUAAAGGUGGAUAGAACAACGUCUCCAGAGAUGUCUCCUCCAGCCGAGGAGCUGGCAAUAACGUUGACAGAAGCUGACGAAACUCCAGAGGUUGUUGAUGAUGGGAACGUGUGAUAGAUAGAAUGUUGCUACUCCGUCAGAGCUACUACCGCUCAAACACUUCGGGUUUAUGCUGAUCUGACCUAGCUCUGAUUGUCGAAAGCUAGACAAUAAGCUGCAACAAUUGACUCAUGUUCAACGAAUAUAGGGUGCUUCAAGAAAUAGUGCAAUAUUGAGAUCUCUAUUGCAGAACCCGCAUCGAAAUAA